UGCGGGGCACACGGGGAGGUGAUGGCGCAAAGGGAGACAGCCAGAGAUGAGAGGCAGGUAGGCAGGAGGAGCCGGAAGGUGUGGCCGCGGAAUCCCGUCACGAAUGGAUUUCAGGGGGAUUGGCAUCCCCAUAUCCCCCCUCCAGGGUCCGGCCGCAGUGGAGACUAGCCAGGCGGGGGCCGGAGGAGUCGCGACGUCAAGGGGGGAAGAGACGCGGGAGAGACAGUCCAUCCCACAACCUCUACCUGCCUCCCGUGUGUCUGCUUUUCCCGGCCUCGGUUUCCUCAUGUGGGGAUUCGGGAUGUGCUGUUCCCUCCCCCUUGGACGGAGAGCCCCUCGUGGGAUGGCACCUGGGGCGGAUCGGACUGCUUCGUGUCUCUCCGCGCUCGGCGCAAUAGUAGAUGGCUUUUGGUUGAACGCCCACGGCCUGAGAGGCCUAGUCUUAAGGCGCGGAAAGUACAGAGGGCUUCUAUCAGGAGCCGGGCAGGACAGACCUGAUCUCCCGAUGGCCUCAUUGGGGAGCAUGGCCAGUCGAAGAUGGAAUCUAGACCCCCCGGCUGCCUUUGGCGUGACCCAGGCCGCAGGUUCCAGGGAGCUGGUCCCACCGUCCCACUUCCAGGCCCGGCCCCCCGCAGCUCCUUCCUGGGCCCGGGCCGGGGUCCAGCUGGAAGUGCUGGAGCUGAGGCGGGAGAACCAGCAGCUCCGGGCCGCGAUGUGGGGGUGGGGCGGGGGACGCGCUGCCGCCGAGGAUCCGGGGAGCGGGGCCAGGUUCCGGGACCAGGAACAGUCCCAAGGUCUGAGCCAGCAGGCCCAGCUGGUCUCUCCGCAGCCGCAGGAGCUGCCCAGGCUGGAGGCGGAGGCCCAGCAGGGGGCUAAACUGGAGGCCCAGGCCGAAGAACUGGAGGCACUGGGGCGGGCGGAGGUAGAGGAGCUGCGCGCCAGCCUGGCCCGGGCCGAGGAGGCCCGGCUGAGGCUGGAGGAGGGAGGCCAGCAGGAGCUGGAGGCCGCACGGAGGCAGCACGAGGAGGAGGUAGCCCACCUCACCCAAGCCCACCUGGAAGCCCUCUCCACCCUCAGAGGCCAAGUCCAAGAGCUGCACGAGACCGUCCAGGAGCUGGAGGCCAGGAGGGGGCAGGAGGCCAUGGCCCUGGCUGCCGCCCAGGCAGAAGCGGACACCCUGCAGGAGCAGCUCAAGAAGAGCCGGGAGGAGCUGGAGGCCCGAGACUCGCUCGUCCGGCAGCUGAGGAGGCAUGUGUCGGAGCAGGGAGUGGCCCAGUCCAGGUGUCAGGCUUGGGAGCAGGAGAGGGGCGAGCUACAGCAGGCCGUGAAGAGGCUACAGGAGGAGCGGGCGGCUCUUAGCAGCACUUCGGAGCUGCUGCAGGUCCGCGUCCAGAGCCUCACGGACAUCCUCACCCUGCAGGAGCGAGAGCUGGCCCAGAAGGCCCCGAACGUGAACAUCCUGGAGCCAGAGUCGGCCCGCAAGGCCAGGGCCCUGCUGAGCCGCUGGCGGGAGAAGGUGUUCAGCUUGAUGGUGCAGCUGAAGGCCCAGGAGCUGAGCCACGCCAAGCAUACCUGCCAGCUGCAGAAGGAGGUGGCCGAGCUAGAAAAAGAGGUGGCAUCCCAGAGGCAGCAGGAGGCCCUCCUGCUCCACUCCCUGAAGGGCAAGGAGGCCGAGAUACAGAUGGAGCAGGUCAACAGCAAGGUCCUGCAAGGGGAGCUGUCUCGCUCCCAGGACUCCAAGCAGCAGCUGCAAGACCAGGUGCAGGCUGCGGAGGAACAAGUGCAGCUGCUCUCUGAAUCUGUGCACAGCUCCCAGCAGGGACUCCUGGCCCGCAUGGCGGAGGUGGAGGUGGCCCUGGCCCAGCUGCCUGGUCUCAGCACCAGGCUCAGCUAUGCUGCCCGCCAGGUCCGGAUCCUGCAAGGGCUGGUGGCUCGGAAAGUGGCCCUGGCCCAGAUACGCCAGGAGGAGAGCGCCCCCGCCCCCGCCGAGGCCGAGGCCCUGGACACAGAACUGCGGCAGCUGCGGGAGGAGCGAAGCCGCCAGGAUGCUGAGCUGCGCUUCAGCGCCCGGCUCCUCCAGCAGGAGGUGGCCCGGGCCCGGGAUCAAGGGCGGGAGGAACGGCAGCGCCUGGCCGAGGCCUCGCAGAGGCUGGAGCGGGAGCUACGGGAGAGCCGGGAGGCGCUGGGAGAGGCGGAGGCCCGGCUGGAGGCGGCCCUGGCCGGGCAGCGGGACAGCCAGGACCAAGCGGCCUCCCUGAGGCGUGAGCUGGGCAAGCAGCAGGAGGUUUACGAGAGAGGGGUCCCAGCGGGCCCAUGCUCAGCCCUCCCCCGGGUGCCCCCUGCCCCAGUCCUACAGGAGAAGGUGUCGGAAGUGGAGGCCCGGCUGCGGGAGCCGCUGGCAGCCCUGGAGAAAGAGCUGAGCGCAGCCCGGAGAGAGCACAGCAAGGCCGUGGUGUCCCUGAGGCAGGUGCAGCGCCAGGCUGCCCGGGACCGGGAGCGGAACCUGGAGCUGAGGCGGCUCCACGAGGAGGCCCGCCAGGAGCAGGAGGCCCGGACCAGCCGGAGGCUGCAACAGCUGGAGCGGGACAAGCACCUCCUGCUGAAUACCCUGCGCCAGGAGGGACUUGUCUCCCGCUACAAGCAGCAGCGCCUGACUUUCCUCCCCAGGCUCCUGCCAGCCUCGGGGGAGCCCACGGAACCCAGCGUGGGGCCUCGCCCCAGGACCCCCCCAAAAGAAUCCUUGGUGGCUGUUCUGGAUGGUCUGCAGAGCCUGAGCACAGCUAUCACCCAGGAGGAGGAGGAGGAAGAGGAGGAGGAAGGGGGAGGAGGGGAUCCCAAGACGAGUGGAUAGAGGUUGCCCAGGCCCACUUCCACCUGCCCUCCCCAAAGGGGGUGAGGGCUGGGGGGUUGGACACUGUUCCUGAGGCGGGGUUGUUUGUGCCAGGGGCAUGUUUUUCUGUAGCAAAUAAAAGGCUUUUGUGGCAUCGGA